AUGAUGUGGACAGGGCAAAAUCCCCCAGCAGAAGAUUUACCAAAAUACAGAGUUGUUGUCGUUGGGGAUGGAGGUGUUGGUAAAAGUUGUUUGACAAUACAAUAUUUUCAAAGGCUUUUUGUAACAGAAUAUGAUCCAACCAUUGAGGAUAGUUAUAUUCAACACACUCAAGUAGAUGAUCAAUGGUGCAUAUUAGAUGUUUUAGAUACAGCAGGUCAAGAUGAAUUCAGUGCAAUGGGAGAACAAUACAUGAGAACAGGAGACGGAUUCAUGCUAGUCUAUUCUGUUACCGAUAAGCAAAGCUAUGAAAAUAUUGUUAAUUUUCAUACUCAAAUCUUACAAGUUAAAGAUGGAGAUUCGUGUCCGAUGCUUUUAGUCGCCAAUAAAGUAGAUCUUGUGCAUUUUAGAAAAAUAUCAACGGAGAGUGGAAAAGAAAUGGCGCAAAAAUUAGGAGCACAUUAUAUAGAAACAAGUGCAAAAGAUCCACCGCUUAACGUCGACGAAGCUUUUCACGAGGUUGUUAGGCUCAUACGUAAUCAAUUGAGAUCGGAUGCUGGAAACGUGAACAAGAAAAAAUCAAAAUUAUCCAAAUGCAUCAUUUUAUAA